UUUUCUGCUGCAGACUCUCGCUGGUCGUGUGUUUGCGGCGGUUUCCCACUGGAUAUACGGCCGUUUUAAAGCCUGAAACCAACAUAGGUGCUUCUUGGAACGUUUGGAGAACUUUAAAAAGGAGAUAGAAGUUCAACCCAAGACGAAUUGCGAUUAAACCUGGAGGAGGAAAAGGGCGUUCGUACUUCGAAGUAACCAUGGAAGUUCCUGGCAUGCAGAGUUCUCAGAUCGACCCAGAGGAGUUGUUUACCAAAUUAGAUCGGAUUGGCAAAGGCUCUUUUGGAGAGGUAUUCAAAGGCAUUGACAAUCGGACCCAGAGUGUGGUUGCCAUUAAAACCAUUGACCUGGAGGAGGCUGAAGACGAAAUAGAAGACAUCCAGCAGGAGAUCACUGUCCUGAGUCAGUGUGACAGCCCUUACAUCACCAAGUACUAUGGCUCCUACCUCAAGGGCAGCAAACUAUGGAUCAUCAUGGAAUAUCUUGGUGGGGGCUCAGCGCUUGAUUUGCUUAAAGCCGGUCCAUUUGAUGAAUCUCAAAUAGCUACCAUGCUCAAAGAGAUUCUUAAGGGGCUAGACUACCUGCAUUCAGAGAAAAAGAUCCACAGAGACAUCAAAGCUGCCAACGUCCUGCUGUCGGAGCAUGGCCAGGUGAAACUGGCUGACUUUGGUGUGGCUGGUCAGCUGACAGACACCCAGAUAAAGAGGGAAACCUUUGUGGGAACACCUUUCUGGAUGGCACCAGAGGUCAUUCAGCAGUCAGCCUACGACUCCAAGGCUGAUAUCUGGUCCCUGGGAAUCACUGCCAUUGAACUUGCCAAAGGUGAACCACCAAACUCCGACAUGCACCCGAUGCGAGUCCUCUUCCACAUCCCAAAGUCUUCCCCGCCCACGCUGAUUGGGGAUUUCUCCAAGAGCUUCAAAGAAUUCACCGAAGCCUGUUUGAACAAGGACCCAGCCUUUCGUCCAACAGCCAAAGAACUUCUGAAACACAAGUUCAUUACCAAACAUUGCAAGAAGACGUCUUACCUCAGCGAGUUGAUUGACAGGUACAGGAGGUGGAAAGAGGGCCACAGUGACAGCAGCUCGGGUGACUCGGACAGUGAGUCGAAUGAUAAAGAAAACUACCCCAGUCCCAAGUGGUCGUUCACCACCGUGCGUAAGAACAAGCCCACUGAAGGCAGGAAGGUUCUGAAUGGAACUGCUCAGGAUCUGUUGAGUAAAUCUGCAAGUUUGACCACCCUCAUCUCGCCUGUCUUCAACGAGCUCAAGCAGCAGCACAAGGAGCACUCUGAACAGAGACAAGCUAUUGAGGAAUUGGAAAACAAAUUCCGAUUUGCGGAGGACGUGUGUCCGGGCAUCACAGACAGGAUGAUCACACGCAUCAUUGCCAGAUUCACUGCUGAAUGAAAGUCGGAUGAAAGAAGGAAUUCCAUGUAAAGACGAGUGACUGCAUGAGCCGCAGAUCCAUUUGGGAAAUUAGGAGAUUUGCUGUGCGAUGUCUCCUUUCACACACCCCCCCAACACACACACACACACACACUAAUAAUAAUGUGCUAUAUACAAUGUUCUAUAUGUAAUGUAUAUUUGUAUAUGCUGACCACUGCUGGUUGAAAGACAUCAGUCUCUUCCCAAUUCGAUGUAACUAUUGUUGAACUAAAGCCCUUGGGAUUUAUUUUGUUGUCACUUCUUUUAUCUCUCUCUUUCUGUGUUUUUAUUUAUCCAAACCCUAAAGUGCCUAAAUUAGUCCAUGUAGUCAUGUAGGGAUCUACAGUGACUCACUCGCUGAUAGAACCUUCCACCUGUGAAUAUUCUCGUCCACAGUGCUGUCAUUCACCUUUUAACAUGUUGAUAUGUUCACUAGCACUUCAGUCAGAUACUCUGCCAACAUUUGUCUUGUUGUCCUCAGCAAUACUUGUAGCCUAAAGUCUCCCAUGAUGCAAUGGGCUCAUAUUUUUAAAUCCAGCUUUUAUGUGGCAGUGGUCAAGUUGCUGGAAGGGAAAGAAAACUGAAUAGUUUUCUUUUAAAUUUCCUGUAUUUGACCAGAUAUAUGCAUGGACGACCUAACGUUGAUGUAUCACCUAAAACUGAUUCCUGUCAACGUUUAAUUUAAGAGUAUUAGUCUAAGAGUUUUUACCAAAGACACUAUAAGACUGUAUAUUUUAUUGUCUUUUUAUGUAUGGUAAGGGAUGAAUGGUUGUUCAGCAGUCGGGAUCUUCAACAUUGUAGGAUUUUGCGUACAUUUCUUUUGUCUAGUGGGAUGUAGAGAUUCAGAAUGAAUAUUUAAG